AUGUCCUGGCAAGCAGUGCGAGAACUUCAACCUUCUGUCCAGACGUUUCUGUUUGAGCGAUUGCGUACAAGAGCGGACUUGAAUGCUUCCCAGAACAAGGUCAACCUGCCGGAGUGCUUCGCACUUGCCGCCUUCUACACGAACGGAUACGGAACCCAACCCGAUCCUGCUGAAGCACGGCGUCUCAUACUUCACGCGGCACGAUAUGGACACAAAGUAUCACAAGCGUAUGCGUGGCGGAUUUCCAGAAUGUCAGGAAUAGAGCUUUCUACUGACGAGCAGCUUUUGAGGAUGAUCGAGAACAGGGCACUUGACGGGUCAAGAGCUGCGCUGUGCGACCUGACUAUCAUUGCACCCGAAAAGGCCGACCGAACCCAUAAGAUCUUAAAGCUAGGUUUGGCAGGGGUUGGAGCAUCGUUCUGGAACGACGACCUCAUCCACGAUUUUCGGUUUCCUCAGUGGAUGAACACCUUCAAAAACACCACCGUUCUGGUACAGAACUUUCGAAACCUACGGGCUAUAGCCGAUUACAGGGUCAACAAGCGUGGUGAUCGCAUAUUGCACAUGGCCGCAAGCUGUGGGCAGACCCAAGCGAUCGAAGCCCUCUUGGACAACUUUCCUGCCCUGACUGUGAACCAAUUGAAUGAUGUAGGCGAAACACCGUUGCUUUCUGCAUGUCGGUCUGGACAUCGUGAAGUUGUCAACUUCUUGUUGGAAUACGGGGCUGACCCAACGAUUGCGACAAUCUCGAAAGAAUCGCCUCUGCACUGGCUGAUCUCCUUCGAGAAAGAGGAGGUGGAGGACGUUGGAAACGUCCUCGUCUCCAAAGGUGCCAACACACGGUUGCUGACGACAGAAGCAAUUAAGUACGGCAAUUUUCCUUCUGGUGUUGACGCCGAUGUCCUACCCCCGGGCACACCCUUGACCUGGGCAGUUCACCACAAUCGUCCCGAUAUUAUCAGAUUCUUAAUCCGUGCCGCGGGUACUGCCGGCGUUUCCAUAGACAAAGGAGUGAACCAGCCUUCACCAAUGGAGUGGGCUGCACACUAUCAUCAUCAGGAGUGUCUUGAAGCGAUGGUCACCGCGAUGAAGGAAGAGAAGCUAGGCUUCACCUAUCUCCAUUUCCUACGGAGCGCUGUCCACAGCUCAGACAUCUUCUCCAUGAUUUUGAGAAAUGGUACCGAGUACAUGGAUCGGUUCAAAAGCACUAUGGGUUAUCUGUUGGAAGAGACACACCGCGCAUCUUUCGCUACAGGAAUAGGGUCUUUUGGAUACACACUGCUUUAUUAUGCGGUGGCCGAAGCCCACGAUCUGGCCGUGGAGUAUCUACUCGCUCCUGAGACCGAGCGGCUUCUUCAGAACGGGUGGGAACGAGUGAAGGAGGGAGCACAGGACGACUCCGACAUUCCAAUCCGCCGAUACGGCGUCUUCAGCCGCGAACACGUCAAUAUGCCCUGCGGUGACGAACAACGUACGCCACUAUUAGAAUGUGUCCGCUGGAAUCGCCGACAUAUGUUCGACCUCCUCGUCACCAAUGGUGCCGAUGUUCAGGCAAGGAGCAGGAAUCCAUUUGACAAUACUAAAACGAAUUGGAGUGCUCUUCACACGUACGCUCACGCCGCCCACAACAGUGACGUUUCGCUUGCGGAGCGAAUUAUCGAGGCCGGCGUUGUGCCAGAUGCUCCAAUGGAAGGUGAAGGCGGCGAAGACAUCGAGACACCGGUCCUGGUGGCUGUGAAGAACAAUGCGUUCAACCUGGCUGAACUUUUUCUUCGUCACGGCGCAAACUUGAAUGCCAUGUGCGUCUCCUCGGGAUUGAUAUCGUUGGAGUAUCCCACAACGAUCCUGGGACACAUCGUGGCUUCGGCAGCCCGCGAUUCUGUCUCACGAAUUCGGUUCAUUUUGAAUCGUUAUUCUGCCUUCGCCGAAGAGCAUGCAGGAACGCAGAAGGGCAUUGGAUUUAUUGUCGAAUCAGAGAGAUCAUUGACCGCCUUGCAUCGAGCCGCUUGGGCGUACAGAGGUGUCUAUGAUCGCAUCCCGGACGGAACGUCACUGCUAGAGGCAAUCAAGCGAGGACAGUAUGACUUUGCCCAAAACCGCGAGAUAAUGCACGAAUUGCUUCAGCAUUUCGGCGACUCCGAGGAUGCCCUCAACUCCAGGACGAGUGACGCCCUUUUUCGCCGGACGGCACUUCACUUGGCUGUUGACGCCGUCAAUGCCAUGAAAUACUCGACAUCAGAAUCGAGGACGAUGACGGGCACACGGCACUUGAUCUGGCCAUUCAAAGUGCUCAGCAUCAUGGUAUAA